AUGCCACUGCCAAGAUUGAGCAAGGCUCAUCAGCGAAGCCUCGGACUGCAGACAAGUCUUCGGAAGCGCUGCAGCCAGAGCGAGAUGGAAUCAAGGUCGAAAUUGGAAGCGCUGGGCCGUGAGCUGAGAGCUGAGAGCUGUGGUGAAUGUGGCAGCGAGGCGAGAUUGCCAGUGUGCCUCCGCAGCCGUGCUGAUUGGCAUUCGACAUCGUUUCGUCGCCAUCCUUCUUGCUUCUACCUACGACCAACCAACUCCCCUCCCCGUCGACAAAUAACGUAA